AUGGAAACCAAGGCCGUGAAGAAGCCAGGGCCCAAGAUAACUGUGGCUGAUGAUGAUGAAGAACUGAGCCCAACCGACCUGUCUGAGAUGUUGUCCGUAGGAAAUGCGGAGCCACACGAAAAAUCAAGGAACUGCCAGUUCAUCAAAGAUAUGCUCAAAGGACACAUCAAAAGAGAGCUGUAUAAGAAAUGCACAGCGGCUUUAUAUUUCGUCUACUCUGCCAUGGAGGAAGAGAUGGAGAAGAACCGGGAGCAUCCUCACAUCGCUCCGAUCUAUUUCCCCACAGAGCUGAACCGCUGUGAGGCCCUGGCCCGAGACCUGGAGUAUUUCUACGGAGCGGACUGGGAGAGUCAGAUCAGCCUCUCUGCAGGCACCAAGCCUUAUGUGGACCGCAUCCACGAAGUGGGGCAGAAAGACCCACUGCUGCUGGUGGCCCACUCCUACACCCGGUACAUGGGCGACCUCUCGGGCGGCCACACCCUGAAGAAAAUGGCACAAAAGGCUAUGAAGCUCCCCUCGACAGGGGAGGGUCUGAAUUUGUAUCAUUUUGAGGGAAUUCCCGAUCAAAAUGGUUUCAAGAAGCUUUAUCGCAGAAGAAUAAAUGAGCUGGAGCUGGACAUGAAGGCCAAGGAGAAGAUUGUGGAUGAGUCCAAUUGGAGUUACGACUUCAACAUAGUGAUAAGCAACACGAUGGAAACCAAGGCUGCUUCAGAGCUCAGUUCCAACGGUGUGAAUAAAGGAGGGCCCAGGAUCAUCGUGGAUGAUGACGAUGAAGAUCUUAGCCCAACCGACCUGUCCGAGAUGUUAGCCGAGGGCACCAAGGAGUCCCACGACAAAGCCGAGAACUGUCAGUUCGUCAAAGAUUUCCUCAGAGGCCGCAUCAAAAGAGAGUUAUUUAAGAGAGGCACAGCAGCUUUAUACUUCGUCUAUUCAGCCAUGGAGGAAGAGAUGGACAAGAACCAGGAGCAUCCUCACAUCGCUCCAAUCUAUUUCCCCACAGAGCUGCACCGCCGUGAGGCCCUGGCCCGAGACCUGGAGUUUUUCUAUGGAGAGGACUGGGAGAAUCAGAUCAGCCUCUCUGCAGGCACCAAGCCUUACGUGGACCGCAUCCACGAAGUGGGGCAGAAAGACCCACUGCUGCUGGUGGCCCACUCCUACACCCGGUACAUGGGCGACCUCUCGGGCGGACAGAUCCUGAAAAAAGUGGCCCAAAGGGCUCUGAAGCUCCCCUCGACAGGGGAGGGUCUGAAUUUUUACCAGUUCGAGGGAAUCCACAGUCAUAAGGGCUUCAAGCAGCUUUAUCGGAGCCGGAUGAAUGAGCUGGAGCUGGACACGGAGGCCAAGGAGAAGAUUGUGGACGAGUCCAAUCGGGCUUUUGGCUUCAACAUGAUGGUAGCUCUGGCCGCCUGGGUUGCCCUCCUGGCUGGGUUCACUGCCUGGUACCUUCUGUGA